AAAGUUCACAUUAACAUAAACAUAAGUUAUUAGUAGUAUUCAAAGACCACCCAAUAGAUACACGUUUUGCUGCUGUUUCCCACUGUACAGUUCCUAAACCCAGCAUGUAAAAAGUACACAAAACUCCUAUCUUCUUCUUUCCUUCCAAAAAAAUCCAAUAAACCAGAUUUAUUGUGUCGUGUUCAAUUCAAAAUUUACUUUGGUUGGUUAAUACUAAUACCAAUCAAAAUUUCAGAGACACAUCUCUGAGCGAGGCACAGAAAAAUGGGUAGAGAGAAUGUUUCAUUUCACAAAAGAAGCAGCAGCGUGGGUUUACCAACAACAAACUCCAACAACAAAAACCGCCGCGGCCGUCAGAUCCAGAAGACAUUCAACAACGUUAAAAUCACCAUCCUCUGCGGCUUCAUUACCAUCCUCGUCCUACGUGGCACCAUCGGCAUUAACCUCAGUUCCUCCGACUCCGACUCCGUCAACCAAAACGUUAUCGAAGAAACUAACCGUAUCCUCGCCGAGAUCCGAUCCGACGCCGACCCUUCCGAUCCCGACGACAAAGACGGCACCUUUUUCAACCCCAACGCCACUUUCACACUCGGCCCUAAAAUCACCAACUGGGAUUCUCAACGAAAAUCAUGGCUCAAUCAAAACCCUGAAUACCCUAAUUUCAUUGGAGGUAAAGCUCGAAUUUUGCUCCUCACUGGGUCUCCCCCUAAACCCUGUGAUAACCCCAUUGGGGAUCAUUAUUUGUUGAAGUCAAUUAAGAACAAAAUUGAUUAUUGUAGAUUACAUGGGAUUGAAAUUGUUUAUAAUUUGGCUCAUCUUGAUAUUGAACUUGCUGGUUAUUGGGCUAAAUUGCCUAUGAUUAGGAGGUUGAUGUUGUCACACCCUGAGGUUGAGUGGAUUUGGUGGAUGGAUAGUGAUGCAUUUUUCACUGACAUGGUUUUUGAACUUCCUUUGUCUAAGUAUGAUGACUAUAAUAUGGUUAUUCACGGUUACCCUGAUUUGUUGUUUGAUCAAAAGUCUUGGAUUGCUAUCAAUACUGGUAGUUUUCUUUUUAGGAAUUGUCAGUGGUCUUUGGAUUUGCUUGAUGAGUGGGCUCCUAUGGGUCCUAAAGGUCCUGUUCGCGAGGAGGCCGGGAAGGUCUUGACUGCUAAUCUUAAGGGUAGGCCGGCUUUCGAAGCUGAUGAUCAGUCUGCAUUGAUUUAUUUGUUGCUGUCCAAGAAGGAAAAGUGGAUGGGUAAGGUGUUUCUUGAGAAUUCUUACUAUUUGCAUGGUUACUGGGCUGGGUUGGUUGAUCGGUAUGAGGAGAUGAUUGAGAAGUAUCAUCCGGGAUUAGGGGACGAGAGAUGGCCGUUUGUGACUCAUUUUGUCGGUUGUAAACCGUGUGGAAGCUAUGGAGAUUAUCCUGUUGAGAGAUGUCUUAGUAGCAUGGAGAGGGCUUUCAAUUUUGCUGAUAAUCAGGUGCUCAAACUCUACGGGUUCAGGCAUCGCGGUCUGUUGAGUCCUAAGAUUAAGAGAAUCAGAAAUGAGACGGUUACUCCAUUGGAGUUCGUUGACCAGUUUGAUAUUCGAAGGCAUUCUACAGAAAGAAGUGAAUCAAAAAGCUAGUGAGAAUAAGUAGUUAAAUUGGUGAUUAUUGUAGACAGUGAUGGAUUAGAAGUGGAGUUUGAUUUUGUGACAGUUCACAUGUAACUUCAGCUUGUUUAGUUAUCUUGGUUACUUGUUUGAAAUGUUAGGAUAUAAUUCUUUCAUAAGUUUCUGCUGUAUACUGAGCUUCCACUGUAUUUUUUCCAUUUGGGGCAUGAGUUCAACUUAAUAUACUUCCAUUCCCUACUAGGUAACAACUGGUUUCUGCGUCUGUGUAUUUGGCCUGCAGAUCUCAAAUGUGUGUUUCCAAAUUCCAAGAAAAGACUAAGAAACGAAAAGGUGUCAUUUUCAACGAAGACGGUGUUUAAGAGUUACCUCGAAUUAUAGUUUGAAGUAAACUUUGGAUAUUGAAAUACUCCAUUUGUCUCA